AUGGCGGACACUCAUCUUUCGGCAUCCACCGCGGCCGAACCUUCGAAAAACAAAAAGCAUCGCAAAGACAAACCCUGGGAUGACGAUACCAUCAACCACUGGGAGGUGCCCAAAUUCAGCGCUGACGAGAUCAAAGGUCCUUUCCUCGAAGAAUCUUCUUUCGCCACGCUGUUUCCCAAAUACCGCGAACGCUAUCUGAAAGAAGUAUGGGGUCAUGUGACGUCUGCACUCGAGAAACACGGCAUCGCAUGUACGCUGGAUCUUGUCGAAGGCUCGAUGACUGUCAAGACGACGCGCAAGACAUACGACCCUUACAUCGUGCUGAAAGCGCGAGACAUGAUUCGACUGCUUUCGCGAUCGGUUCCCUUCCCGCAAGCAGUCAAGAUCUUGGAAGACGGUAUCGAGUGCGACGUGAUCAAGAUCGGUAAUUUGCUGAGGAACAAGGAGAGAUUCGUCAAGAGGAGGCAGAGAAUCAUUGGUCCUAACGGAUCCACUUUGAAAGCCAUCGAACUGCUCACCAAUUGCUACGUCCUAGUGCAAGGCAAUACAGUCUGCGCCAUGGGCCAGUUCAAAAACCUCAAAGAGGUCCGACGCAUCGUGAUCGACUGUCUGAAAAAUAUUCACCCCAUCUACCACAUCAAGGAGCUCAUGAUCAAGCGCGAGUUGGCCAAAGAUCCCAAACUUGCCCAAGAGAACUGGGAGCGUUUUCUCCCCAAAUUCAAAAAGCAGAACCAGAAGAAAAAGCCCACCACAACCGAUGCAGAAGGCGAAGCGCGCAAGAACGACAAGAAAGUCAUCAAACCCAAGACAUAUACGCCCUUCCCACCACCACAACAACCCAGCAAGAUCGACCUACAGCUCGAAUCCGGAGAGUACUUCCUCAAGCCCAGGCAGAAGAAGCAGGCUGCCGAAGCGCAAAAGUUGGCCAAACAGGCCGAUCACAAGGAGAAGAGAGAACAAGAGAGGCAAAAGGCAUUUGUCCCUCCCACCGAGGUCGAUGCGGACACCCACAAGAAGAAGGACAAGAGGAAGAGAGAUGGUGGAGAAGAGCCAGUGCAAGGCAAGAAGGAGAAGAAGAGCAAACAGGCAACGUAG